AUGACUGCUGUCAAUGUUAAUUCUAUGAUCUGGUCUAAUGUUACUAUGCCUCUUACGCAGCCUGAUCUAGCCAAGCAAACCUCUACCUUCUCUACACUCUCCAACGCCCACGACCCCCCACGCCCACAACCCCCCACGCCCACAACCCCCCUCGCCCACGACCCCCAAGCCCACGACCCCCCUCGCCCACGACCCCCCACGCCCACAACCCCCCUCGCCCACGACCCCCCCCGCCCACGACCCCCCUCGCCCACGCCCCCCCUCGCCCACGACCCCCCACGCCCACGACCCCCCUCGCCCACGACCCCCAAGCCCAUGACAUCGAAUGGACAAAGGCCCCCCAGCAUAAUCUCGUAA